AUGACCAACUCGUUGUUUGCUCUUGGCGAUGAGCGCAGUGCUGCCUGGCUGUACGCUGGGUUGGCGUUUCGCAUGAUCGUUGACCUUGGUCUUCACGUUGAUAAGCCUGAAUUUGCAGGGUAUCGUAAGCUUUCUGAUGAGGAUCAUGAGAUCCGACGUCGCGUUUUCUGGGCAGCAUUUGUCGUCGACAAGAUCCAAAGCCUCUAUCAAGGUCGCCCAGUGAGCAUGACAGAGACACUCGUACCCACCAAAUUUCUCGACACCUACGAAGAACUUGAGCAUUGGACGCCCUUUUCCUAUUCCACGCAACCAGACGCCGUCUAUCUAGGUUCGCCGGCUUACAGUAUCUCCACGUUUCGACACCUUUGCCAGCUCUCGGUUAUUCUGAGCGACAUACUCAGCACCAUCUAUACCGAAAGAAGCUUCGACGUAAGCCCUACAGAGCUGUCCACCAAGUUGGAGAGCAUACAUCAAAAGCUGUUAACAUGGCGUGGGCUUCUGCCCGAACACCUCACGGUAGAUGUAGCGGAAGUAGCGGCGACACCUCCUCCGCAUGUCCUAAGCUUACAGUAA